AUGAACCGCCUGGACAGUCAUGCCGUUCAUGGCGAACUUUACGCUGGACCGUCGGCGGCAGGUUCAUACCUGAAAGGGAUCCCCUCACCUAAUGUCCCCGAGGACGAUGCCAACGCGAGCACAGCUACUUUGCCCUCGUCUCCUCGCUGGCCAUUAGAGCAUAUCAGCAUCUUCGUUCCUGAAGACCUUCAUCGUAUUCGAUCGCACAGAGCUGGCUCUGCCUCGCCCCCGCAGGCUCAACUUCUCCUCACGGGAUGGGCUGCUCGGGGAGGACCAGGAGAGGUGCUCAUCGUCAUUUGCGACAGCAUCACACCUCAACAGGCUGCUGAGAGGGGACUCGAGUCUGUUGAUCAUCUGCGAGGGGCGUUCGGACUGGUCGGAACAUUGAAGAUGGCUCAGUCGGGAGUUGGUCCGUUGCCCAAGAGAGCAGACGCCAAGGGCAAAGGCAAAGAACGUAGCACAGAGUUAGAAGAAGGAAUCUGGAUACAUGCUACUGCACAGCUACGGCCCCGUAGGGGUAGGUCUGCCUGGUCAGGCUGCAGUAUCGAUAUCUCGAGUGUCUCUCUGUUUGAAGGCGGUCAAGAUGCUGCUUCCCACAGGCCUGCCAUAUCACUCAUUUCCUUCCAGCCUCCUCGUCCCUCUUCACUGAGAUUUCUCUCCCUCGAGCCUCUGUCCGCCCAGUCGGUUCAUAACAAUGCGGGCACAGAGGCAGAGGAUCUGGGCGCCAAGUUGGAAAUGCUCAUUGCAACUCGAACACACCGAUGGUUCGAAGUCACCGGGGGCUUUGCAAAUUGUGGUGGUCCCGGCAAUGGUCUACGGCAGGCCGUAGAGUUCAUUAAUGCUUGCCAGCAGUACCGCACUCACUGGAAAGGGUCAAGUCAGUGCGCUUUACUAGAGAAGCCUGGUCCGUCUGUGGCUCGACGCAUCACCUCCUACUUCGCCCUAUCACUCGCCUCUGGUGCCGGAGUCAUCAGACCGCUGCUUGUCAAGCGAUUCGCAAGCCUUCCAACUCUCAGUUCUAUUUCUAGAACCGCUGCGCAACUCUCACAUCGGCUCAACCAGGUUGGCUCCCUCCCAUCCUCAGCGGCCGAGCUCCGUCGCCUACGUCGGCACGACCGAGUUCCUAUCCGGUACAUAGCAGCCCGCUAUAUCAGUGUUUGGAACGGCCUUUGGCUAGUCAUGAACGAUUUGAUACUGGGAUGGGCAGUAGGGAGCAUCCUCUGCGACCAUCACGCAUCGAUUGCCGCAAAGGUGACCACUACAUUUGAAACGCUUCUCGGCGAUUGGUUGCUGUCGGCGCUAAGAUGGCUCGAUGACUGGCCGGGUGGACUCAAGCUCAACACUGAGCUCAGCGCAUUCUACACGGACAUGUACUCCGGCUUGGUCUCCCUCUUUCAAGCCAUGGUCCUCUCACCCCUGUUGAGCAGUCUGCCAAGUCUGAUCCUCUACAUAGGCCAAGCCAGCAAGCUCCUCGGGCUCUCUGGUACCAUCUGCCUCCUCUCCGACGUCCUCACCUUCUCCACAAUGCACAUCAGCGCACUACAUACCUUAUCGCGUACUCAGUAUCGGGCCACCUUACAUCUCCUCUCAUUUCUCCUCUUUCUUUUCCGAGGAAAGAAGCGCAACAUUCUCCUCGGCUCGCGCUCAGGCUCGAGCUCUGCCGCAUCGUACGAGCUGGAUCAGCUGCUCCUGGGCACCAUUCUCUUCACACUCGUCCUCUUCCUCUCGCCUACCAUCAUCGUCUAUCACGCCCUCUUCGCGUCUGCAAAGAUUGCCCAAGAGAUCUUGAUUGAGGGUAUUCUGGGAGUCGCGGUGCAAGGCCUGAACGCGCUGCCCCUCUUUGCAGUCUUGCUGCUGCUGAAGGAUAAGCAGAGAGUUCCCGGAGGAGUCAUCGUGGAGAGUGUACAGGAUGAGGAUCUGGGUAGUGAGAAUGAGGUGCAGGGUCAAGGGCUGCUCGUGGCGAGGUACAGGUUGAGAUCCCGGCCUCUAUCGUUUUGGGAGGUGAUCACGACUACCAAGGACGACAAUGCCGUUGCCGAAGAUGAGGGUGGGUCAAGGAGAUUGCCAGGCAAGUCGCUUCGUGCACUCCCGACGAUGGUUGCGGCAGUCUGUACAGGUCAAGAGAUCAAGUGGAGAGGCUGA